AUGUUGCAUACGUUACUUUGGCUAACAUCUGUUUAAUUUUAAUGUUAUAUUUACAUAUAUCACUGUUUUGUUGAAAUCUUCGAGCUUUUUUACAGUCUAUGGAGGAAUCACACGAAUAAUUUUACGGCAGUGUUACGUCAGCAGUGUCCUUUCAUUUUACGGCAGGGCAGCAUGUGGAGGUCAGAGAUGAAGAAACUCCCUGUCAGAGACUGAAAACUCUUUAAUGAUCUAAUAUUAACUCUUGACAACAAUUUAGCACAGUGACAUCUAUGUGGGAUUUUCAACAGAUGAUAUACAACACAACACUGUCGGUAAAGAAAAUCGUUUGGUGUCGCUAGCGUUCGUCAGAUUUACCGGUUCGAUAAGGAAGAAGUCUGAUCAUCGAGACGGUUUUCUCUGUAUCAUCUCUAAAGACAUGGAUAAUAACUCGCCGGCAUCAGGAGGAUUUAAAGGGGGACUCGGGAGCCUUUUCGGUGGAGGAACCCCUGAGUAUUCAAAUACUGAGCUCGCAGGAGUACCAUUGACUGGUAUGAGCCCUCUCUCGCCGUACCUCAAUGUUGACCCUCGUUACCUUGUACAGGACACAGACGAGUUCAUCUUGCCAACUGGGGCAAGUAAAACCCGUGGCCGCUUUGAGCUGGCCUUCUUCACAAUCGGCGGAUGCUGUAUAACAGGCGCUGCUUUUGGGACACUUAAUGGUCUCCGUAUGGGCCUGAUGGAAACUAGAGACAUGCCAUGGUCCAAACCCAGAAACGUACAGAUUUUGAACAUGGUCACACGACAAGGGGCAUCGUGGGCCAACACACUAGGAUCUGUGGCUCUUUUGUAUAGUGUGUUUGGUGUGGCCAUUGAGAAGGCCAGAGGUGCAGAGGAUGACCUCAACACAGUGGCAGCUGGAACGUUAACAGGGAUGCUUUUUAAAUCCACAGGUGGACUCAAAGGAGCUGCCAGAGGAGGUCUCGUUGGUUUAGCCAUGUCAGGGCUGUAUGCUCUUUACAACAACUGGGAUCACCUGAAGGGGAGAUCGCCUUCACAUUACUGAGGAUGACUGAGAGCUCAAACCAUGGACUUAUUUUGACUCUGAGCCUAUUCUUACUCUUUAUCACCCCCUUUUGGAGAUGCAUCGAAUUUCUUUUUUUUUAAGAAACCUAUGGACCACCACAUGUGCACAGACUUCUUCAGAGUUACAUUAGGUGUAAUAUUUAAAUGGAAGAGCCAGACUGCCUCCAGCUGUGUGGACUAUGUAGCUUGACUAUGAUUAUGUACAGUUCUUCAAGCACAUGUCUUUGUUGGUGUAAGUUGCAGUUGGAGGAAGUCUGUAUCCUUUAAUGAUGUGGUUUUAUCUGUUCUCUUUGUGGAUUGAUGCAUUUUAUCAGUGGUGACUAAACUGUCUGCUUCCUCUCUGCAACCAUCUAAAAUAAAAUGGUAGUUUCCACUG